UUCGACGUUUGCUCGACGGUCUGCCCAUCUCAUCGACUGCGCCGCAUGCCGAUCGGGUCGCGAGGAGAGAAUUGCGCAGACUUGUGGAGCUCAAAGGUCUCGUUGCGGGCUGGAAUGUGGUACUGGCUGUAGUCAGGAGAUAGUGACGACGACGAGAAGGUGCGCGGCAUUUUACACUCUCCUUAACGCAAUUCAAUUGAUACCCCCCCUCCCUUCGAAUGCGUGCAGACAGACGAACGUGUUGCGCGAGAGGCGUGCGCUUGCUUGCAUUUGCGUUGUAUUCGGCCGCGCACUGGCUCGUCCGUGGGCGAGCAACUGCCGGCAAAGCCGUUUGUAGACACGAGCGAUCCGACACCUACGUCCGCGGGUAUCAACGCCGCACAAUGGCGCUCGGUGUACCUCGCUCAUCGUUUGUGUUUCUCGCAACCCAUGGUGAGGGAACAGGUUACUAUAAAAUGACUUACCGGUACUGCGCACGAUGCCUUGUUCGCGCAGACUGCUCCGUCUUUGAACUACAGCGAUCCUCGAGCUUGCAAAGGUAUAAAGCACGACCCCGACGCUCCAUUUGCUCGCCCUUGGACAUGCCACAAAGCCCCACUUGGCCAGAAUAAGCCAGCAAAUUUGAACUCAGAAAGCAUCUCAACGCGCACAUCAUGAAGUCGACAAUCUUCAUCGCACUCAUCCUGGGAGCUGUCGCGCUACUCGCAACGCAAACAGCUGCCAUUCC